AUGCUUAGAAAAGAUUUAGUACGCAACUUUGCAUCUCAACAUAAUAAUAAUCAUGAGAUGAAUUGGAGAGUUGGACAAAUAAAAAGGGUAAUAGUAAAUGACAUAGGAGGUCACGAAUUUAUUGAUGUUAGUCUACUUCCUGGAGUAAAUUUGAUUACUGGUGGAAAUGGAAGCGGUAAAAGUAGCCUAGUUUCUGCAAUUGCUUUAUUAUGUGGCUGGAGUGGUAGAAAAGCUGGAAAAGAUACAAAUAUGAAUAAAUAUAUUAGAAUAGGUGCCAAUAAAGGUUCUGUGCGUAUACACUUUGCAAAUAAUGACGGCGAAUUUCAAAGAGGAUAUUUACACGAUAUUUACGGUGACGAAAUAAUCAUUGAACGUAUUGUUUAUUUGAAAAGUACUUCUAAUUACACUUUCAAAGGUUCCAAAGCAAGUUCUCCAAUUCACAAAUCGUUGAAUGCAAAAAAGCACUUGUCACAAUUUCGUGCAUAUGCAAACAUAAUUAUUAAUAACCCGGUCACAUUUUUAACACAAAUGGAUGCAAAAUAUCUCAUUCGUGAACAAAACUCACCAAAAUCAUUAUAUGAUUUUUUCCAAAGAGCCCACUUAUUUGACUGUUCUUGGAAGCACUUGGCUGAAGAACAACGCCAUAUUGAAAUGGCUGAAAUUAUUUCAAAGUCAUUGAACAGCGAGUUGAAACUAUUAGAAAACGAGCUUAAAGAAUACAAGGAGGUUAAUGAAAUUAUACAGGUAUAUAAAAAGUUGCAGAUGUAUGAGAAAAAUCUUGAAAGUAUAAAUAUUGUAGCAUCAAUAAAAAAUUUAAUUUCCUCGAUCAAUUAUCUCCGUAUUCAGUCUGAUGAACUUAAUCAAGCUAAAUCAGCACUGGAGAUAGAAGAAUUAAACAAAAAAAUACUUAAAAGCGAUAGAGAAAUAAAUGAUUCUCAACAUGAAUUAAAAAAUUUGCAUUCCAAACAUGAGCUAAACUUUAAUGAGCAUAAAAAGUUAACUAUAGAGCUGGAGCAAAUAUAUAGUCGAUUGUUAUCAUAUUCUAAAGAGAUAAAAGAAAUCGAAAAUGAUAUUUCAAUCACAGAAAAAGAAAUGAAAUUAAAGGAAGAAAAAUAUCAUUCAAAUACCAGAAAAAAAAAAAGUGAUUACAAAGAAAAAUUGUUUAAGGAAAUAAAAACUUACAAAGAAAUUGCUAAUAAUCUUAAAAUAAAAAAAGAAAACUUAAUCGUACUCUCCAUAAACAAAAAAAAUGAAAUAUCAACAUUACUUGAAAAAAUUGGAGAAAAUAUGGCCGAGAUCAAUUUGCUUUCUGAUGAGAAGUCAUCAUUUGAUUAUAAGUUAAAUGAAAUUAAAAACGCAUUGGAAACAGAUAGGGAGUCACUUAAAUAUUAUAAUAAUUUUAAUCAAAUUAAUAACCAAUUUAAUUCAACUAACAUUGAAUAUAAUGUAGAUAUUAGCUCAGAAGUUAAUUCAAAAGGAAAAGAAAGUUUUGAAGCUAUGUAUUCUCGAUUGUAUAGUUACUUCUCAGACGAAGAUUUCGAAAUUAUUUUUGGUUAUUCAAAAACUGUACAUUACAGGAUCAUUAAACAACUCAAAGAAGUUAAUAAAGUGAAUGUAAUUGGUCCAAUUGCACUUCAUAUUUUUUUUAAACCCAAUGUCUACAAUAACGAAAAAAUAAUAAUUACAAUCGAUGAAAUUAUAGGGGGGAGAUUUGAAAGACAUGAUAUUGUAUCUGGCUACAAAAUUAGAAGAAAUUAUAAAUAUUGGCUAGUCGAAAACUCAAAAACAAGAAAGGAAUUAAUUUUGUUAUUCAAAAAUAAUGGUAUUUUUUUAGACCCUUCAUUGAUCUAUAUAAGGUCUUCAUUCACUCAGAAAUAUGAAUUAUCAGGUGUUCGGAAAAGAUAUCCAAAAUUAGGGCAGGCUGUUAUUGAUUUAAUACAGAUCGAAAACGAUGAAGUUUUUAAUUUUCUUGUAGAUAAUUUCCAAAUAGAAACAACUUUUAUUUUCUUAAGUGAUCAAGAAAUGGAUUUGAUAUACGAUUAUAAUUUUAAUAUUAGAAGAGCACACUGUUUAACUAAUUCUUCAUUUAAAUAUAGGCGAGGUGGAAUAGUAGUUGCUCCUGAGAUAUGUAUCCCCAAGCAAUACACUCCAUCUAAGAUUGUUAUUAGACAAUUGAAUAAUUUUUUCCAAUUGAAAAGUUAUGAUUCUAAUUUAUAUUAUAACCAAUCAGAAGAAAAGAAAUGUAAUCUUCGAGAAAAAAUCGAAAUGAAAGGGCUUUUAGAAUGCAAAAUACUAGAAAACGAAAUUAUAAGUGAGAGAAUUAUAAGAAAUAUUGCAGAGAUUGAAGAAAAAAACAAAAAAUUGGAACUUUCAAUAGUUAAUGAUAGGAAUAGUCUUAAUCAUUUUAGUAAUGAAAUAUCUGGUUUCGAGAAUGAAUUAAAUGAUAUUACUAAAGAAGAGCAUAUAAUUAACAUGAAAGUUGGAGAGUUAGAAAUAGAGGUUCGAAAGUUUGAUAGGGACGAAAAUCAUAAUUACGACGUUGCCUCUGAAAUUAACGAAUUAUCUACGAAGUUAGAUGAACUCAAAAAGCUUUUAUUUGAACUUGUAGAAAAAGUCAAUUAUGAAGAAAAACUAAAGAAAAAUAAGGAAGAUGACUUAGAAAAACUAAAAGUUGUUCUUGAGGAUGAAAAGAAAUUGAUUAGGCUAAAAGAACAGAAUCAUAAAAGCCAAAAGAUGAACAAAAAUAUUUUACUUAACGAAAAACCCAAAGUCGAAAACAAAAUUAAUGAACUAACCAACAAAAUAAAUCAGUUAAAUACUGAAAUUAACUCGAAAGACAAUGAAUUAGCAGACCUAAAGAUUAAAUAUCGAAUAAUGAAUGGUAAAUUUUGUAAUGUUGAAGAUUCAGACACUGGGCUUGAUGUAAUGAUUACUAGUGAUUUAUGCUCUACACUUGAAUACUUUAAUUGGGAAUACAGUAUCUCAGAAGCAGUUAACUCUCUUCCGGACGAUUUAACGUUAGAACUAUGGAAAUCAAAAAUCUCCAAGCAGAAGGAUACAAUUUACUUAAAGAUUAUCGAACGAUCCAAAAAUUUUGGGAUUGAUCAUUUUGAAAAAUAUUCCCCCGAACACUUGUUCGAUAGAAUAUUAGAUACUAUAAAUAAAAAAUCUAGAAAAUACAGAGAAAAAUCUGAUGAAUUUCAAGAAGAAAACAAACUUUUAAACAAGAACAAAGUAAAUCUAAAUAAAAGGAUUCAACAGCUACAAAAAAAUCACAUUCGUUGUGGAAAAAACGUAAACUCUCUAUUCAAGUAUUAUUUUUCUAUUUUUUGGUCAAACACAAUGCGUCCCCAUCUUAAGUUCGAUCAUGACAAAUCUAUAUUGAAUAUCUAUGUGAUUCCUGACACAGCAGUUGUGAAAAAGCCCAAACAAUUUGAAAGUAACGGUCUUUCUUCUGAAAAGAAUUCAGAUUCCUGUAAGGAUCAAUAUAAAAACUUUGUGAGUAGAGAGAUUCAAUCUCUUAGUGGUGGAGAAAGUAGCAGUAUUGGUAUAUCACUUCUAUUAGCGCUAUCUCAAAACAACCCUUCUCCAUUUCAUCUUUUUGAUGAACCAGAUGUAUAUAUGGAUGACAUCCGAAGAAUGACAACAAUCAAAUCUCUAAUAGAAUUCGAUCGUUUGUGCUCAAGAGGAAAGAGAAUUUCUAAUAGACAAAUAUUAUUUGUAACACCCCACAGUGAGAUUGUGCCACAUAUUAGAGAAAAUUAUACGGAUUUAAUUCAUGUUAUAGAGCUUAUUAAAAGAUAA